UCUCUCUCUCUCUCUCUCUCUCUCUCUCUCUCUCUCUCUCUUAUAACUCUUCUUCACCACUUUUAGUCUUUACUCUGGUUCUUCCGGCAGCGAUGCAAGGCUUACGCCGUUGCUCAAACGACAUCGUCCCCCUCGGCCUCUCCCCAGCGCCGACCCCGCCCUCCCCACCCGGCCCUCCCUCCAACAACCCCUCCUCCCUCUCCAUCGACGUCGCUGAGUCCGCCGAGACCCGCAUCCGCCGCCUCAUCUCCGAGCACCCCGUCAUAAUCUUCAGCCGCACCUCCUGCUGCAUGUGCCACGUCAUGAAGAAGCUCCUUGCCACGAUUGGGGUCCACCCCACCGUCAUCGAAUUGGACGAUGACGAGAUCGCCGCCCUCCCCUCCUCCUCGGACGACAACAACAACGAAGAACAGCAACAACCUUGUAAUACUCCGCCCGCCGUUUUCAUUGGCGGCACGUGCGUCGGUGGGCUCGAAUCUCUCGUCGCCCUCCACCUCAGCGGCCACCUGGUCCCCAAACUGGUCCAAGUCGGUGCCCUCUGGGUAUGAUUUGAGAGUACAUACAAAAUCAAAAUCUCUAUCUCCAUCAAUCUAUAUUUAUAAUUAUAUAUUAAUUGUAAUUUUUGGUCUCAUGAAUAUUAUGGGCUGCUUAUUAUUAAUUAGUAUUGUUCUGAAAUUAAAUUAGGGAAAAAAAUAGCGAGUUUGUUUGGGUGGAGAUGUAGUGUACUGAAAUACUCGCGCUUUCAGUGUCGUAUACGGGACAUGUUUGCUCAAUUACGUACAUCGAUCGCUUCUGAUCCACGUCCAGCGACUUCGAUCUAGAUUCUACACAGUCUUGCUCAGUCUGAAGUAAAAUGGGCCCCACACCCCCUGAUGAUGAUACUAUUAUAGCAAUUAUUGGACCAUCAGGAGCUUCAGGACCGUCCGAUGUGUGGACUUCCUGGGAGGUAGACCGUAGGUAGCUCUAGCUCUAGCUCUCUCUCUCUCUCUCUCUCUCUCUCUCUCUCUCCUGGGUUCUGGUAGUGGCAAUGGAAUGUGAUGUAUAUUUUGUCCUAUUUUAAUAUAUGGAUUGUAAAUUUACCCCCUUUUUAAUUUAAGGGAAAAAUAUAUAUGUUAUUUGUAGUAAUUUUGA